AUGUCGGCGUCGUCGGGCACAACACUGAUCUCGCCGUCCAACGCCCUGCCGGCAGCGGCGGCGGCAACGGCAGCCGACCAGGCCCAGUCGCUGGGACAGGCCGCAGCUGCAGCACCAUCAGGCAGCGAGGCAUCCGCGCCGACGCUGCAGCGGCGCGGGACGCGCUCGUCGGCGCACUCGGUCCACUCGGCGGGGCAUGGACACGGCCACGGACACGGGCACCACGAGCGGCAUCACUCGAGCCACCACCACACGGCGCACCACGGCGCGCAUCCGCGCCGGCUGAGCUCGCACAGCUCGCAUGGGCGGCGGCGCGGGUCCGAGGGCGAGGGCGGGCGGCGCGCACUCGCUGCCGGGCUGACGAUGCACGUGCUCGACGCGGCGGCGGCAGCCAAGGACGGCAAGAAGGCGCCCGUGACGAAGCGCAAGACGAGCGACGCGAGCAAGUCGAGCAGUAGUAACGCCGCCGCACACGCCGCAGCCGUCAAGAGCUCCCGCUCCGACACGCACCUGCCCCGCCUGAGCCGCACCGCGAGCCAGGUGAGCGUGGUUAGCAGCGGUGGGAGCGGGUCGGGGCCGGGCAAGAAGCGCAAGGACGUGCCGCUGCACGUUGACAGGCGUAAGGGCAGCGUGGAGGUGAUCGCCGGCGACGGCGCAGGCGCGCAGCAGCCCGACGACGAGGAGUGGGAGAGCGGCGGCGAGGAGGCAAGUGCGCCCAGUGCGGGGAUCACGCCCGCCGCCGCGGUGCUCGCGGCGGCUCAUCCGCAGGCUGCUCAAGGCCAGCAGCAGCAGCAGCAGGUGGUGCAGGAGCCCCGCGCGCUCCCGCUCCGCCGGGCGGCGAGCGACCGGCCCCUCCAGAACUCGAUCGCGUUCACCGAGUCGCCAAUCGAGGCGCUCAGCCCGCGCACGACGCUGCGCGCAACCGGCUUCCCCAGUGCCAGCUCGGACAGGAGCCUCGUCGACGACCAGGUGACGUUUGCCACGACGCGCGGCGGAGGCGCCGCUGCGCCCCAACCCCAGCAACACCCGGCCGCGGCACCACCAGCACCAGCGCCCGACUCGCAGCCCGGCUCGGCACGCCCCGCGUCGACAUCGACAGCAGCAGAUACCCCAGAGGAACCGGUACCUGGCUUCCCCUUCCCCACGAUGGCUGAGAAUACGGGGUCCCCUGCCGACGCCGCACCGCCGGCGCCAGAGCAGCCCCGCCAGCGCGUCGUCUCGCAGCCGCCAGCGCCGCUCCGCCGCCUGGCCUCGCACAGCUCGCUGCGCUCCGCGACGUCCCUCCGCGCGCCGCACCCGCUCAACUCGCCCACUGGCGGACGGAACGGCUUUGCUGGCGUAUUCGGCACCACGCCGAGCAGGCAGCACCGCGUCGCGAGCCUGCACUACCCGCCUGCUGCGCCCGCCGUCGUGUACCGCGAGCACGUCGAAGGCCAGAUGGAGGACUAUGUGCCCGAGACGCCUGCGUCGAUGGUGCUCGACCUGCCCGAGCUCAACGACCCGCCUGCGAGACCACGCGUCGGGUCGUUCUCGUCGAUGCGCAGCCUCAAGGACAUUCUCGGCCAGGUCGUCGGCUCGCCUGCGCCGCCAGCCUCGCCGUCCGCCCAGUCGACGUACUCGGUCGGCAGACCAGCCAGCCGCAGAGUCGCGACGACGGGCAGCAACCCCCGCCGCCCGACGGCAAUGAGCGUUGCGGCCAAGGUCAGCCGCCUGAAGACGACGAGCAAUCCGGUCGAGUACCACCAGUCGCUUGGCUUCUCGUCCGCGACGGCCGAGACGGCGCAUCUGCUGUCCCGUUUCCUGCCGCCCAAGAAGCCGCGCCGCCCGCGCUGGGCGAUGACGGUGCGCGAGGCGCACGCGGCGCACCAGGCGGCAGCGGACGGCGAGGAGCCCCGCGUGGGACUCACGGACGGGCAGUACCGCGCCGCACACGAGAGUCUCGUGACGACGCUGCAGGAGCUCGGCGGCACGAAGCGCACGUCUGCGCGCCGCCCCAGCACCGGCGCGGGGUCGUUACCCCGCGGAUACUCGUACCACUCGCUCCUGAGCGCCGUCGACGAGCUCGCGAUCGGGUCGCAUCCCGCCCCCGAGUCGACCGCGCCGACUGCCGGCCCGGCCGGCCUGAUCCCCGCCAAGGCGGGCCUUGGGCGCUCGCCGUUCGAGCUGAGCGCGGCUAGGGUGCUCGCGCAGCGCAACAAGGCGGGCGCGUACUAG